UAAUGCAGCGGGGAAAGAACUGGACAGUAACGGGAAACGGAAACAACUUCAGAUUUAACGGCGACCGAAUGGCACGACGGUGAGCGGCUGCUCUCGAAAGCCAUCGAGUUAAAAAAUAAAUAAAUAAAUAAAUUACAUUGUAUCGAGCCGAAAGAUCGUUCAAACAAUAAUUGUGCUGUUUUUUGGACGUAAAGAUGAUUUCGCCGUGGGACAGAUGGUACACUACCAGCUGCUGCCUGUGCUGUCAUGUACGGACGGGCACCAUUAUCCUGGGCAUCUGGUAUAUGCUCAUCAAUGCAAUGGUUUUGUUAAUCCUGUUGUCGGCCCUCAAUGACCCAGUCCAGUACCACUACCACCUCACCAGUUCAGAACUCGGCACGGAUUUGGACGUCAUGGAUGAUGCAAAUAUGUGUAUUGCUGCUGCAAUUUCAUUGCUGAUGAUUUUGAUUAGUGGAAUGGCAACCUAUGGUGCAUACAAGCAACAUGCUGCCUGGAUCAUUCCUUUCUUCUGCUAUCAGAUUUUUGACUUUGCUCUUAACACACUGGUAGCUAUAAGUGUGGUGGUUUACCCCAACACUAUACAGGACUACCUUCAGCAGUUGCCUGGGAGCUUUCCAUACAAAGAAGACUUGAUGUCCACAAACAACAUGUGCCUAGUAUUAGCAGUGCUUCUCUUUGUUGGAUGCAUCUUAGCCUUUAAGGCUUACCUUAUUGCCUGUGUGUGGAACUGCUAUAGAUAUGUCAGUGGAAGAAGAACUACAGAGGUCCUAGUUUAUGUCACCACAAAUGACACUACAGUACUACUUCCACCCUACGAGGAGGCAGUAGCCAUUCCACCGAAGGAUCCCCCUCCCCAAUAUGUAUCGGCUUGAGAUCGACGUACUACUGUCUUUCUCUUCAAUUCCUUUUAACCUUCUCCAAAGACACAACCUCCCACCACCAUAGCCCAUUCCGCUGCCCACAUCUCUACUUGACGCUGUGUGAUGUAAGUGUCCUCUCCACUCCUCUCUGGAGGCAGUAGUAUGACAUUGAGAUGCCCUUCCCUAUACAAGGCUGCCCUGCUGUCCUGGCAACCCAACGGUGUGUGUCAGCUCCUAUGUGAUUAUAUGUGGCAAUGGCCUUUGUAAUACUAUGAACUUCUCAGUAAUGUUGUUGUGUACUGAUAUACCUGAGAUUUAAAUGCAGUGUGCAUGAUAAACAUGGAAGUUAUGUAAGAGCACUUUUCAAAUGGGAAUUACCUAGAAUGUAAGAAGGAGGCUUUUUUCACUUACAUUUUCUGCAAAUGUUGCACUGUAAGAAAUUCUAAUUCUGAUUCAGAAUAUAACUGAAAUGGUUUUAAAAACUUAUCUUAAGCAAUCUACAGUCUUCCUUGAUCAGUCUUACAUGAUCAAAUCAUAGGCUUUGGUUAAUGUUCUCUUUCAAUCGUUAAUUAUUUCAGUCAAUUUCAGAGGGUGUAGAUGUUCCGAGUGGAACUGCUUUUUACGAACAGUUACAUACAUAGCUGUAUACAUUUACAUUAUGACACUGGUUUAGAUGGAUAAUAAAGUUAUUUUAAAAUAGAUUCUGUUGACUGUGUAUCUGAAUUAAUAUAACAGGUUAAAAUAUCUACACGUUGAAAUUUGAUAGUGCUUAAAUACAUAAAUGAGAAUUAUGGGUGUAUGGAAAUCAUUUUUGUCAUUUGUUAAUGCUAAAUAUUCCUGUUCAGAGAAGUAUCAUAACUCAUAAACACUAGGUUACGAUCUAUGGCUGCAGAUUGCAAGUUUUUGCACAUAUAAAUAUUAUUAAUUUAUGUUAUUGUCUGUGAUAAUCCAUGUGUUAAUCAGUAAUUGUGACCAAUGAAAAGAAAAAGAUGUGGCCCCAACAACAGAUUUGCACCUAUCUCUGUUCAAAUGAAACGGCAUCUUCCUUAUUCACGUUUUAGUAUAAAAAUGCUUCUGUUAUUGGGCACAUUUUUAAUUUUUAUAUACAGUGGCUAUGCAAGGGUAUUUUGUCAUAUGCAUCCAUAGAUUACAUUAUUCUUGCAUUUAUUAGUCAUGGUGAUGUUGGGUAUAGAACCAUUAAUGAAAGUGAUAAGAAUGUUCAAAUUGAUAGAUGUAGGCAUUUUCCUUUUAUUGUUCUGUGCCAUCUUCAUUUCAGCAUCGCAAAUUAAACUUCACAUAACCAUCAUUUUAUUGUGGAAGUGGUUUACCUACAAUAAACCUACUAUGUAUCCUGGCGGAUAACUUGCAAAAAUUUGGUAUAUUUGUUUGGUAUCAAAAAUUUAGCUGGAUUCAAAAGUCCAUGUUCACACUGAACAUCGGGGAUUCAACAUCUACUGUAUAAAAAACCUGGAAAUAAACAAAGUUUAGGCUUCUUAAAAAUAUCAAACAAAAGCGUUAUUUACAACUCUGCACUAUUUCUAGGUCACGUAUCAGAAUCCAUGGCAGCGCGAGUGCAUGCUGUCAUUAAAGCAACAGGGAGACAAAACAAAUACUAAACAGUUGAGAAAUCCAUGUUAAUUUACUUUUCACUCAAAUCAUUAUGCUGACAGUAUAAUUUGUAGUGACAAAAACUGUAUUAAUUUAGAAAAAUGCGAAAAAGAAGCAUUUUCAUAUGUGGACUUUUGAACCCCACUGUACUGUAUAUACUGUAUUAAUAUUCCUGGUGAACAGUUUUCUAAUUGUAGAUCUAUUGAUAUUACAAAUCAUCAGAGCAAUAUUUGUCAAUAGGUAGAAUGCCUGUAUUUCUUUUUGUCUUGUUACACGUCCUGUAUUGGGUUUUGUCUUAUUUCUAAACAAUAAAAUAUUUCAGUAAU